AUGACUCUUGCCAAGAUAGAGAAAAGAAGUACUCGCUCAAUGACUCUUGCCAAGAUAGAGACAUGGGACCUCCCACCCGGCGUAUUGCAGGUUAUCGAGAGCUCAAGGAAGAAGUUCGUUCCAGGUGAAAGGUUGGUGGGUGUGGUUCAGUCCAUGCACUUGAGUUCGCUGGUACCUGCAAAGCGCCGGAAUUGCUCCAGCACAAAACCCUCCGACGCCCAGAGUCUCGGUGUGCGCCCGUUCAUGGCCGGCUUACGGCGGCGAUCGUUGGUGUUUGGAGCUAUUGUUUUGGGGAGGACGGAUGUUGGCGGUUUUGCUGUACUGGCUGUUUUGCAUUUGCUUCGUAAAUAUUUGGGUGAGUAUGUCCAUGGGCUGUCGGCAGAGGCCUUGAGAAUCAGUGUCUGGAAAGGUGAUGUGGUUCUCAAAGAUUUGAAAUUGAAAGCUGAGGCGUUGAAUGCAUUGAAGCUUCCUGUAACUGUCAAAGCUGGAUUCCUUGGUAGUAUAACCUUGAAGGUACCUUGGAAAAGCCUCGGCAAGGAGCCAGUCAUUGUUCUAAUUGAUCAGUUGUUUAUUCUUGCAAAUCCUGCACUUGAUGGAAGGUCUCUGAAGGUGGAAGACCGCGAAAAGCUCUUUGAGGCCAAGCUGCAACAAAUUGACGUGUCUAGUAUUGUAGUCACCUGGCCACCUUCUGCAGAUUUGUCUAUCCUUGCGUCUUUAUUAAGUACAGAUUGUGCUCCCUUAACUCUUUCCAGUAAUCAAAACAUUUCUGAUCUUAUAAAAGGUGCCGCUAUCGAGGAAGCAGAAUCAGCAACCCUUGAAGCAAUAUCUAGGUCAAAGCUGGGAAAUCCAUCAGCUGGAAAUUCUUGGCUUGGUUCAAUAAUAGCUACAAUUAUUGGAAACCUAAAGAUUUCUAUUAGCAAUGUCCAUAUCAGAUACGAAGAUUCUGUGAGCAAUCCAGGACACCCAUUUUGUUGUGGCGUCACCCUUUCAAAGCUUGCCGCGGUUACCAUGGAUGAGCAGGGAAACGAAACCUUCGACACAAGUGGUGCUUUAGAUAAGCUGCGCAAGUCAUUGCAACUUGAAAGGCUUGCGAUGUAUCAUGAUUCCAAUCGUGAUCCCUGGAAGUUGGACAAGAAAUGGGAGGAUCUUAGCCCUCGGGAAUGGAUUGAGAUUUUUGAAGACGGGAUUAAUGAAUCUUCAAAAGGCAACAUUUCAAUGUCCCGUUGGGCUCAAGACAGGAAUUAUGUAGUUUCACCGAUAAAUGGAGUUCUUAAGUACCAUCGUCUGGGAAAUCAGGAAAGAAAUGAUUCCAGUGUUCCAUUUGAGAAGGCUUCUGUUGUCAUCAGUGAUGUUUCUUUGACAAUUUCUGAGUGGAUAGAUUUCAUAUCCCCCAUACUUGGUCUUGAAGAUUUUACUCCAAUCUUAAAAGCGCAUUCUCAUAUUGCGUCAUACUUGGCUCAGUAUCAUGAUUGGAUUAAACUAAUGGAGGUCAUAUCCACGUAUCGAACAUAUGUUGAAGUCUCUCAUUUGAGACCCAUGGUCCCAGUAUCAGAUGGGGCUGCAUUGUGGUGGCGUUAUGCUGCUCAAGCUGGAUUGCAGCAGAAGAAGAUGUGUUAUAGAUUCUCUUGGGAGCAAAUCCAGAAUUUUUGUCAUCUUCGAAGGCGAUAUGUGCAGUUAUAUGUUGAUUUCUUGCAGCGAGUAAAUGUAGAUAUUUCAAAAAUAAGAGACAUUGAGAAAGACCUUGAUCCUAAAGUUAUUCUUUUAUGGAGGAUUGCCAUUCCACCUCAUAGUUUUGCUACAUUAGUUCGGCUUGUGGACUGCGAUGUUGAGUCUUAUUUAUUUCUCGCUCAUGCAAAGAUUGAAUCAGUAAAAUCAAAAGAAGCAGCAGAACAGAGGAUGCUUAGAAAAGGAAGCUGGCUCUCUUUAAGAUGGCGAAGCACUUCUGAAGAUGACUCUGGAGUUGACACUUCAAGUGCAUCUCGGUCUGUUGAGGAGAGAUUGACCAAAGAAGAAUGGGAGGCAGUCAAUAAACUGCUAAGCUACCAGCCAGACGAGGAUUUAGCUCAUACUGCAAAAGACAUGCAGAACAUGAUACAUUAUAUGAUUAUUGUUUCCAUCAGUAAGGCAGCAGCCAGGAUUGUCAAUAUCAAUAACACUGAGAUUGUUUGUGGUACAUUUGAAAAUCUGAAUGUUGCUACUAAGUGUAAACAUCGGAGCACCCAUUGUGAUGUGACGUUGCAAUACUAUGGAUUGUCUUCACCUGAAGGAUCUCUUGCCCAGAGUGUCUCAAAUGAGCAGAAGGUCAAUGCUUUGCAAGCCAGUUUUGUGCAUUCCCCAGCAGGAGAAAAUGUAGAUUGGAGACUUUCCGCAACAAUAUCUCCUUGUCAUGUCACGUUUAUCGCAGAAAGUUACGAGCGCUUUUUACAGUUUGUGAAGAGGAGUACUGCUGUUAGUCCUACUGUUGCGUUGGAAACUGCAACUGCGUUGCAGCAUAAAAUUGAAGUGGUGACACGAAGAGCUCAGGAGCAGUUUCAAAUGGUCUUAGAAGAACAAAGCAGGUUUGCUCUUGACAUUGAUCUUGAUGCUCCCAAAGUCAUAGUUCCUAUAAGAUCCUGUACCUCUUUUGAAGGUGACAGCCAUCUUCUGUUAGAUUUUGGUCAUUUCACUUUACAAACGAAGGAGGAUGGUCAGCUUGAUGACCACGAGCACAGUCUGUACACCCGUUGUCAUAUAUCAGGAAGGGAUAUUGCGGCAUUCUUUACUGAUUGUGAUUCUAUGAGUAAAUCCUUCAAUUGGGGAGCUCAACCUUCCAUUUCUCCUUGUUCUGACGAUGCUGACAAAUUCUAUUCUCUGAUCGAUAGGUGUGGAAUGGCUGUAAUUGUUGACCAGAUUAAAGUACCACAUCCGAAUCAUCCAUCCACACGCAUUGCUGUGCAAAUCCCAAGCAUUGGCAUACAUUUCUCGCCAAGCAGAUAUUCCAGGUUCAAUGAAUUGUUGAAUUUACUCAGUGGUGCAAUGCCUAAUGAUGAUCAAACAGUUGAAAGCCUCCCAAAUGGUCUUCUCCCCUGGAAUCCUCCAUAUUUGACUACAGAGGCGAGAUUUCUAGUUUGGAAGGGAAUAGGCUAUUCUGUUGCUGCAUGGCAACCCUGUUUUCUUGUCUUAUCUGGAUUAUAUCUUUAUGUUCUGGAAUCUGAAACUUCUCAAAGCUAUCGGUGCUCAAGUAUGGCUGGUAAACAAGUAUGUGAUGUUCCUUCGACAAAUGUUGGUGGUUCGACUCUGUGUGUUGCGGUGUGCAAUAGAGGCAUGGAUAUCCAAAAGGCUCUGGAGUCUUUUAGUACCCUGAUAGUAGAGUUUCCAAACGAGGAGAUAAAGUCGGCUUGGUUGAGGGAACUUGUAUUAAGUACAUACCGUGCUUCUGCUCCUCCUUCAGUAGACAUGCUUGAUGAUACAAGAGAGGAUCAAAUUGAGUUUGCUGGAUCUCGGUCCAGUAAUGCAAAAGCAGCUGAACUUGUUGUCAAUGGAACAGUAGUAGAAACGAAAUUGUCACUAUACGGAAAGUUUGGAGACAACGAACAAGAGAGAAUACACGAGAAGCUUAUUCUGCAAGUUCUUGCUAGUGGCGGAAAGAUGCACGUCUCAAGUUGUAUAAGUGACUUGACUAUAAAAGUGAAGCUUAAUUCUUUGAAAAUCAAGGAUGAGCUACAGGGUUCUCUAUCUACACAUUCACAAUAUUUGGCCUGUUCAGUUAUCAAUGAUCAGCAUUCAUGUAGCAACCCCAGCAAGUUGGAAUCUCAAGAGAAGGACCUGUCUGCAGAGAUGGUUGAAGAAGACGAUAUCUUCAGAGACGCCCUACCAGAUUUUGUUAUUUUCCAUGAGUCUGCUGAAAUCCACGAGAAGGAUUUUUCUCCAGGAACCAUGGCUACGUGCGAUGUUUUUUAUGAGGCAAUGGGUCCAGAUGAUUCUGAUUUUGUGUCUGUCACAUUUCUGACGAGGAAUCCCAGUUCUCCUGAUUAUGAUGGUAUUGAUACACAGAUGAGUAUUCGGAUGUCCAAGUUGGAGUUUUAUUGCAACCGGCCCACUGUUGUUGCUUUGAUCAAUUUUGGUUUUGAUCUGAGCUCAGCAAAUGGUGUGGUUAGUGGUUCAAAUCUAGAAAAUACUGAUGAUGAGUCUGCUGCAAACAAAGACAAGAUAGAAGAAUAUGGACAUGCAUCAUCCAUUAAGGGACUAUUGGGAUCUGGGAAAGGACGAGUAGUUUUUAAUUUGCACAUGAAUGUUGACAGUGUGACUAUGUUUCUCAAUAAGGAGGACGAUUCUCAACUUGCUAUGUUUGUGCAAGAAAGUUUCCAAUUGGAUAUCAAGGUUCAUCCAAGUUCAACAUCUAUAGACGGGACUUUGGGGAACUUCAGGCUAUGUGAUCUGUCACUUGGGUCUAACCACUGCUGGGGUUGGCUUUGUGAUUUGCGGAACCAAGAAGCAGAAUCCCUUAUACAGUUUUCAUUUAAGUCUUAUAGCAUCGGAGACGACGAUUACGAAGGAUAUGAUUACAGUUUAAGUGGCCGCCUUUCUGCCGUCCGUAUUGUUUUUCUGUACAGAUUUGUCCAGGAGAUAACUGCUUAUUUUGUGGGACUUGCCACUCCGCAUACUGAAGAAGCAAUAAAACUUGUUGAUAAAGUCGGAGGAAUAGAAUGGCUGAUUCAGAAAUAUGAGGUUGAUGGAGCAUCUGCUGUAAAACUGGAUCUUUCACUGGAUAAUCCCAUGAUAGUUGUUCCCCAAAAUUCACUGAGCAAAGACUUCAUGCAACUUGAUCUUGGCCAUCUACGGAUCCAAAACUCAUUCAGUUGGCAUGGUCCAGAAAAAGAUCCUUCUUCUGUACAUCUUGAUGUUCUUGAUGCGGAGCUUUUGGGAAUCAAUAUGGCUGUUGGAAUUAAUGCUUCCAUUGGCAAGCCUAUGAUUCGGGAAGGAAGAGAAGUCCAUGUUAUUGUUCGCCGCAGUUUAAGAGAUGUGUUUCGCAAAGUCCCAACUUUUUGUUUGGAAGUCAAAGUUGGGUCGCUGCAUGCUGUGAUGUCGGACAAGGAAUAUAAUGUUAUUCUUAAUUGUUUCUACAUGAAUUUGUGUGAAGAGCCAUCUCUCCCUCCUAGCUUUCGCAGCAGUGAUUCUUCUGCCAAGGAUACAAUAAAAUUGCUUGUUGAUAAGGUGAACAUGAAUAGCCAGGUCCUUUUGUCGCGUACUGUAACUAUUAUAGCUGUGGAGGUUGGCUAUGCAUCGCUAGAGCUGUGCUAUGGAACUGAUAAGGAGUCACUUUUGGCUAAUGUUAUUCUUGAAGGUCUUUGGGUGUCAUACCGGACGACAUCUUUAUCAGAAGCGGACUUAUAUAUUACUAUACCUAAGUUCUCUAUUUUAGACAUCCGUCCAAACACGAAGUCUGAAAUGAAGCUGAUGCUUGGCUCGUCCACUGAUGUCCCAAAGCAGACUUCUCUUGACCGGAUUGUUGAUUUACCAAAUUCAACGAUGUUUUUAAUGGAUGGAAGAUGGCGCCUUUCAUCACAGUCAUUUGUAGUUCGGGUGCAGCAGCCCCGUAUUCUUGUUGUUCCUGAUUUUCUUCUGGCUAUCUGCGAGUUUUUUGUGCCAUCUUUGGGGAUAACUGGCAGGGACGAAAUGAUGGACCCUAAGAACGAUCCUAUUUCCAAGAGUAACAGCAUAGUUCUAUCUGCCCCUCUAUAUAAACAAACAGAAGAUGUGAUGGAGUUUUCUCCAUGUCGGCAACUUAUAGCUGAUGCUAUUGGGAUUGAUGAAUACAUAUAUGAUGGCUGUGGCAAGACAAUACGUCUUGUUAAUAAGGGAGAAAAAGAGCUGCAUUCAUCUGUCGUCCGGCCCAUAAUUAUCAUAGGGCGGUGUAAGAGGCUGAGGUUCAUAAAUGUAACAUUUGAGAAUGGCUUGCUUUUGAGGAAAUACACGUACUUGAGCAAUGAUAGCAGCUAUUCAGUUUCUCAAGAAGAUGGUGUCGAAUUUUCUUUUCUGGAUGAUAUUUCUGUGAAUAAGAAUCAUGAAGGCUCAGAUUACUUGGAAGUUUCACAAACUUUACAUGCUUCCAAUACAGUUCACUGCGAAUCAAGUAAAACACCAAGUUUCAGUUUUGAAGCCCAGGUUGUUUCUCCUGAGUUCACUUUCUAUGACAAUAGUAAGUCAUUCCUGGAUGAUUCUACCCAUGGUGAAAAGCUUCUACGUGCAAAAACAGAUUUUAGCUUCAUGUAUGCAUCGAAAGAAGAUGAUAGAUGGAUAAGAGGUCUCCUCAAGGAUUUGACUGUGGAGGCUGGAUCUGGCCUCGUUGUUCUUGAUCCAGUAGAUGUGUCAGGGGGAUAUACUUCCGUUAAAGAUAAAACAAACAUAUCUAUAAUGUUCACCGACAUAUAUGCUCAUCUUUCUUUGAGUGUUAUUUCCCUUUUACUUAAUCUUCAAAGUCAGGCAUCUUCAGCACUACAAUUUGGAAAUGCUGACCCCCUGUCCCCUUGUACAAAUUUUGACCGUAUAUGGGUGUCUCCAAAAGAGAAUGGACGUCUUAGUAAUCUGACCUUUUGGAGGCCUCGAGCUCCAUCAAACUAUGUUAUUCUGGGUGAUUGUGUGACAUCGAGGCCAAAUCCUCCUUCACAGUCAGUCCUGUCUGUAAGCAACACAUAUGGUCGUGUUCGGAAGCCUCUUGGAUUUGAGCUCAUCGGUACAUUUCCAAGUAUUCAGGAACAACAGUCUGAAGAAGACCUUUCAAAUAUUGACCGUGAUUGUUCUCUUUGGCUACCUAUUGCACCUGCUGGAUACUUGGCAUUGGGUUGUGUUGCAAAUGUUGGAAGUCAACCACCUCCAAAUCACACUGUUUACUGUAUUCGUUCUGAUCUUGUGACAUCAACAGCAUAUUCAGAAUGUCUAGUCAACUCUUCUGCUAAUCUCAUAUUUGAAUCCGGAUUCAGCAUAUGGCGAAUAGACAACUGUCUUGGGUCAUUUUAUGCACAUCCAUCAGUUGAAUGCCCAUCAAAAAGUUGUUGCUUUGAUCUGAAUCAUCUUCUUCUAUUUAACUUUAGCCAGCGGCAAGCUUCUUCAGGCGAACCCGUCCUGGAUUCUAAUAGUGAACAUGAAAAUGCAUACCUCCAGACGAGUAACCCUGGUGCAAUUUCAUCUGGUUGGGAUGUUUUAAGAUCAAUUUCUAAAGCUAGCUCAUUUUACAUGUCAACCCCAAAUUUUGAGCGAAUCUGGUGGGACAGAGGCGGUGAUCUUCGCCGAUCAUUUUCAAUAUGGAGGCCUAUACCACGCCUUGGAUAUGCCAUACUGGGUGACUGCAUAACUGAAGGCUUGGAACCUCCUCCAUUAGGCAUCAUUUUCAAAGCUGACGACAUCAGUAUUUCUGAAAAACCUGAACGAUUUACUAAAGUUGCUCAUAUUGGGAAGAAAGGCUCGGAGGAAGCUUUCUUCUGGUACCCCAUUGCGCCACCUGGAUAUGCUUCAUUGGGAUGUAUUGUCACACUCCACGAUGAGGCACCUGUUUUAGACUCUAUUUGCUGCCCAAGAAUGGAUUUGGUUAGCCAAGCCAACAUAGCUGAGAUGCCUAUGUCAAGAUCAUCAAGUUCUAGGUCAUCCCAAUGCUGGAGUAUCUGGAAAGUUGACAAUCAGGCCUGCACAUUUCUUGCUCGUUCUGACCUGAAAAAGCCAUCAAACAGAUUAGCAUUUACUAUUGGUGAUUCAAUCAAGCCAAAGACAAGGGACAACAUUACAGCUGAGAUGAAAAUAAGAUGCUUUUCUCUAACUGUUUUGGACAGCUUAUGUGGAAUGAUGACUCCUUUGUUUGAUACCACAAUUACUAACAUCAAGUUAGCAAGUCAUGGCCACCUUGAGGCAAUGAAUGCCGUGUUGAUUUCUUCAUUUGCAGCAUCAACGUUUAACAUUCAGUUAGAAGCAUGGGAACCACUAAUUGAGCCAUUCGACGGAAUAUUUAAGCUUGAAACAUAUGAUACCAAUUUAAGCCAACCAGCAAGUGUAGGCAAAAGAAUGCGAGUUGCAGCUACAACUAUUCUGAAUGUGAAUCUGAGUGCUGCAAAUGUUGGUACCUUAGCACAAACCAUAGAUUCGUGGAAAAGGCAGAAGGAAAUAGAAAAGAGAGCAAUGAGACUUUAUGAGAAUGCCGCUGGUCUUGAUGUGUCUGACCAAAAAUCGACGCAUCUGGCUUUGGAUGAGGAUGAUUUUCAGACUGUGGUAGUUGAAAAUAAACUUGGGUGCGAUAUAUACCUGAAAAAAACUCAGGACAUUUUGGAUACAGUAAAUGUACUGCAUCAUGAUGAUUCUGCUGCUUUGUUCGUAGCACCUCCAAGGUAUUCUGACAGAUUAAAUGUUUCAGAGGAAUCAAAGGAACCUCGAUGUUACGUUGGAAUACAAAUAUUUGAAGCGAAGGGUUUACCUCUUCUUGACGAUGGAAAUAGUCAUCGUUUCUUCUGUGCUUUGCGCGUGCUUGUAGAGAAUCAAGAAGCUAAUCCGCAAAAGCUUUUUCCACAAAGUGCGAGAACAAAGUGUGUUAAACCUUUAUCAAACGAUGCCAAUGGUUCUGAUGAUGGCAUUGCGAAGUGGAACGAACUCUUCUUUUUUGAAGUUCCUCGGAAGGGAACAGCUAAGUUGGAGGUGGAGGUAACAAACCUUGCUGCAAAGGCUGGUAAAGGGGAGGUUGUGGGUGCAUGCUCGUUUUCUGUUGGACAUGGCAUUAGCUUGUUGAAAAAAAUUUCUUCUGCUAAAAUGCUCCAUCAAGUGUCUGAGGUUCAAAGUGUUUCAUGUUAUCCAUUGAAAAGAAUGGGCCAGCAUGAUGUUGAAACGAAUUCUCAUUCUUGCCUUUUGGUUUCCACUUCAUUCAUCGAGAAAAGCGUGGUUAAUGACUUCGAUAAUAAACGGGGAGAUGAAGGUGGUUUAGAUGAAGAUAUGGGUUUCUGGGUUGGACUUGGUCCAGAAGGUCCAUGGGAUGGUUUUCGCUCAUUACUUCCUCUAUCGGUAAUUCCCAGGAAACUGAAAGAUGAUUUUGUGGCACUAGAGGUGUCAAUGAAAGAUGGGAAGAAGCAUGCAGUUUUCAGGGGUCUUGCUGUGGUGAUAAAUGAAUCAGAUAUCAGAUUGAAUAUCUCAACAUGUCCAGUCUCAGUGUUAAAUGGUCAUGAGGUAUCCUCUAGGACAAGCAAAAAUAACACUAUCACUGAAGAGAUCUUUGAAAAUCAACUAUAUCAUCCAGUAUCUGGUUGGGGUAAUACUGAAUAUGGCUCCCCUGGUAAGAAUCCAGGUCGCUGGAGUACAAGGGAUUUUUCAUAUUCAUCUAAAGGAUUCUUUGAACCUCCUCUUCCCCCCGGAUGGAAAUGGGUAUCAACGUGGACUGUUGACAGAUCUCAGUUUGUUGAUUCUGAGGGUUGGGCUUAUGGGCCUGACUAUGAAAGUUUAAAAUGGCCUCCAAAUUCUCCCAAAUCGGGUACAAAAUCAGCUCGUGAUGCAGUUCGCCGUAGGCGUUGGGCCCGCACUAGGCAAGAAGUCAAUGACCGGGCUAUAACAAACCAGGAUUUCCUUGACGUCACUAUUUGUCCUGGUAGCUCAUCGGUUUUACCCUGGAGAAGCAUGUUGCGGGAUUCCAACCAAUGUCUACGAAUUCGUCCAUACAGUGAUGAUUCUCAAACUUCCUAUGCAUGGGGCCAACCAGUCCCUGUGGAGAAGGAUUCAUUAUCUGUUGAUCAACCUUCACUUUCUCGUCAAAGUACCUUAAAACAUGCAAGUAAAACUACAAUUACUCCGUUGAGGCUAGAUCAGCUUGAAAAGAAGGAUCUUCUUUGGUGCUGUCCUGGAUCUAGUGGUAGAUUGUUCUGGCUCUCAAUUGGCACAGAUGCAUCAGCUCUUCAUACAGAUCUUAAUACCCCUGUUUACGACUGGAAAAUAUCGGCCAGCUCGCCUCUGAGGAUGGAAAACAGACUUCCUUGCUCUGCAGAAUUUAAAAUCUGGGAAAAGCUGAGGGAUGGCAAAAAUAUAGAAAGACAGACUGGUUUUGUAGCAUCUCGUGGAACUGUACACGUAUACACUGCUGACAUACGGAAUCCGAUAUACGUUAUGUUAUUUGUUCAGGGUGGUUGGGUGGUAGAAAAGGACCCUGUUCUUAUUUUGGAUAUGGGGGGCGGUAAUCAUGUUUCUUCAUUUUGGAUGCUUCAUCAGCAAAGAAAAAGGAGGAUACGGGUCAGCAUUGAGCGGGAUUUGGGAGGAACUGCAGCUGCCCCGAAAACAAUCAGGUUUUUUGUUCCCUACUGGAUAAAUAAUGAUUCCUUCCUCCCGUUGGCAUAUCGUGUAGUGGAAAUUGAGCCGCUGGAAAGUGCAGAAGUGGAUUCUUUUAUGGUAUCCAAAGCAGUUAAGUCUGCAAAGUCAGCAUCGAAAUAUCCGUCAACACCAGUGGUCAGGAGACAGGCUGGUAUGAGGAGAAAUAUUCAAGUAUUGGAAGCGAUUGAAGAUACAAGUCCAGUACCCAGUAUGCUCUCUCCUCAAGAUUAUGUUGGCCGUGGUGGUGUUAUGCUGUUUUCAUCACGAAAUGACAUGUAUUUGUCUCCAAGGGUGGGCAUUGCUGUUUCUAUGCGAAAUUCUGAAAAUUUCAGUCCUGGAAUAUCCCUUCUUGAGCUGGAGAAAAAGCAAAGAGUUGAUGUGAGGGCAUUCCAAUCUGAUGGAACUUACUACAAACUAUCAGCUGUGUUGCACAUGACUUCUGACAGAACAAAGGUCAUACAUUUUCAGCCACACACAAUGUUUGUAAACAGAGCAGGGUGUAGCAUUUGCGUCCAGCAAUGUGAUACUCAUUUGCUAGAGUGGCUUCAUCCUACAGAACCUCCUAAACAUUUUGGGUGGCAAUCUGGAAAAAGUGAAUUGCUUAAGUUGCGGAUGAAAGGGUACCAAUGGAGCGCGCCAUUCAGUGUAACCUGUGAAGGUCUAAUGUCCGUAUUCUUGAGAAGUGAGCUUGGAGGUGAUCAAAUACACUUUUCUAUUGAGGUCAGAGGUGGGACGAAGACCUCACGCUAUGAAGUUAUAUUCCGUCCCAAAUCCUAUUCAAGUCCUUACAGGAUCGAAAAUCGUUCUAUCUUUCUUCCUAUUCAAGUUCGGCAAGUCAAUGGUUCUCAUGACUCCUGGAGGCCUCUACCCCCCAAUGCUGCAACUUCUUUUUCGUGGGAAGAUGUUGGUAGACAACGACUUUUGGAAGUUUUGGUAGAUGGAGAUGAUCCCAUGACAUCACAGACGUAUGAUAUUGAUGAGAUUAAUGAUCAUCAGCCCAUCCAAAUUUCUGGAGGACCCAGGAGAGGUAUACAAGUCUCAAUCAUUAAGGAAGAGAGAGUAAAUGUUGUUAAGAUCAGCGACUGGAUGCCAGGAAAUGAAGCACCAACACUGUUAAAUCGAAGCAUUUCAUCUGCACAGCGAAUCCCGGAAAAUAAGUCUCAGCUUCAGCCGACAACAUUGGGCUCAGAUUGUGAAUUUCAUCUCAUUCUUGAAGUUGCUGAGCUUGGAUUGUCCAUUGUUGAUCAUACACCAGAAGAGAUAUUAUACUUGUCCCUGCAGAACUUUUUGAUGUCAUAUUCCACUGGACUAGGAUCUGGACUUAGUCGGUUAAAAAUAAGAAUGGGGGGAAUUCAGGUGGAUAAUCAGUUGCCUUUAACUCCAAUGCCAGUUUUAUUCCGGACGCAAAGAGUUGGGGAGGACACUGAUCAUGUUUUGAAGCUUUCUGUUACACAACAGUCUAGUGGAUCUCUAGAUUUAUGCAUAUAUCCAUAUAUAGGGUUGCAAGGACCUGAAAACACAGCCUUCUUAAUUAAUAUUCAUGAACCAAUUAUCUGGCGCCUUCAUGGGCUGAUCCAGCAGGCUAAUUUUACCAGAAUCUUUGAAACUAGGAACACUUCUGUUUCAGUGGAUCCCAUUAUUCAAGUUGGUGUUCUUAAUAUCUCUGAAAUUCGCUUCAAAGUCACCAUGGCAAUGUCCCCAACCCAAAGGCCAGUGGGUGUCCUUGGAUUUUGGGCAAGCUUAAUGACUGCUCUUGGAAAUACUGAAAAUAUGCCCGUGAGGAUAAAUCAGAGAUUUCAGGAACACGUGUCAAUGAGGCAUAGUGUUCUAGUCAAUAAUGCUAUCUCAAAUAUCAAAAAGGAUGUUCUCAGUCAGCCACUUCAGCUGCUUUCUGGGGUUGACAUUUUGGGCAAUGCAAGUAGUGCACUUGGACACAUGAGCAAAGGUGUUGCUGCCUUAUCAAUGGACAAGAAAUUCAUACAAAGUCGUCAACGACAGGAUAACAAAGGUGUGGAAGACUUUGGUGAUGUUAUUCGAGAGGGUGGUGGGGCCUUAGCCAAAGGCAUAUUCCGAGGAGUCACCGGAAUUUUAACUAAGCCUCUCGAGGGUGCAAAAGCAUCUGGGGUUGAGGGCUUUGUGCAGGGUGUUGGAAAGGGAUUGAUAGGUGCUGCUGCACAACCAGUUAGCGGUGUUUUAGAUCUUCUGUCAAAGACCACAGAAGGUGCAAACGCAAUGAGAAUGAAGAUAGCUUCUGCCAUUGCUUCCGAAGAUCAACUUCUCAGGCGAAGGCUACCCCGAGUUAUUAGUGGUGAUAAUUUAAUUAGGCCAUAUGAUGAGCACAAAGCACGAGGACAGGCAAUUCUGCAACUAGCGGAAUCUGGAUCCUUCUUAGUUGAUUUGUUUAAAGUACGUGGAAAGUUUGCAUUGACAGACGCUUACGAAGACCAUUUUGCACUUCCUAAAGGGAGAAUCAUUCUCAUGACUCACCGGCGAGUUAUACUGUUGCAGCAACCUUCCAAUCUCAUAGCACAGAAAAAAUUCAAUCCUGCCAGAGACCCGUGUUCGGUGCUAUGGGAUGUCGCUUGGGACGAUUUGGUGACAAUGGAACUCGUUCACGGUAAGAAAGAUCGUCCGAGUGCUCCUCCUUCACGGGUCAUUCUAUAUCUGCACAGUAAAUUGUUGGACGGGAAGGAUCAAAUCCGCAUUGUAAAGUGUGAACGUGACUCUAAUCAAGCAAUUGAGGUUUAUUCCUCAAUCGAACAAGCGAUAUCCAGUUAUGGGCCCACGCAGUCAAUGGCCUCGCUGAAAAGGAAAGUGACGAAACCCUAUUCGCCCGCGAUUGAUGCCGUGAUUCCUAAAGGAGGGUACACAAUGUCACCUCAGCAGAUGCCUUCAUCUGUAUCCUUAACAUCAACACUUGGAGCCGUAAACAGCGAUUGACCUGGAAAAAAGUGGCUUCUUCUUGGCUUGCUCUGUUUUCACUAACAGCAUCAAAAGGCCUAUAUGAACCGAUACCUGGGGCCCACCCCAGCAGGACCCCCACCUCCUCAAAGUCCGAAGCAAGAAAACUAAAAAAGAAGGAAAAUUUAUUACAAUUGGUAUUGGUGCGAGAUGAUUGUUCGUAGGCCAUGGGUGCUGCUGGUGAUGUUCAGCUCCCCAAAUCUGGUAUUUUUUUGCAUCCAAGUAAAAGGUAUGGUUUUGAGUUCUCGAGAAGAGAUAGUAACCCAUCGACCUGUGCUUGUUGGGAUGUAGAUAUGAGAAUAUAUUACAUACACACAUAUAUAUCUUAGCACCUUAUGCUUUUAUGAAAUGAUGAAUAUUACUCUGUGUGUAUAUAUAUAUAUAUAUAUCAACUAUCUAAAGAGCGUGUUUGUAGUUGGCUGUAAUGAGCUUCUGCGUAAUGUAAUGUUUUUCUGUAGUGUACAAAAUAGCUAGGAACUAUUUACAUAUCCCAGUGUUUGUCUGUCUGUGUAGGUUUUGUUGGUGCCCAUGGAUAGACUACUUAGUAUAUAGCAAAAGAGUGUUCUAUUUAUUUUAUUAUUAUUAUUAUUCUUAUUGUACUGUUUAUUGUGAAUAUAUAUAUCUUAUGCUGAACAGAAAUGCA